GAUAGGAUUUUCCGCCCGGCCCUGCCCUGCGCGUGCGGUUCGCCUCUCUUCUCCAGGCGUCAUGGCCUCCGAGCUAGGGCUACCGCCGCCGGCGACACGCCCGCCGGCGACACCCACCACCAUUGCCUCAAUCAGCGACGACCUCCUCUGCGAGAUCUUCCUCCUCCUUCCCUCCCUACCGAGCCUCGUCCGGGCCGCCCUCGCCUGCCGCACCUUCCUCAACGCCGUCCGCUCGUCCCCCGCCUUCCGCCGCCGCUUCCGGGCGCUCCACCCGCCGCAGCUCCUUGGAUUCUUCGGAGAACCCCGCCGCGCCCCCGUACCUCCCUUCGUCCCCCUCCGCAGCCGCUCCGACCCGGACCUCGCCGCCGCCGUCCGCGGUUCCGAUUUCUUCCUCACCCGUCUCCCGGAAGACAGCGGCGACUCCACCCUCGGGUGGAAGCUACAGAGCUUCCACGGCGGCUACGUCGUCCUCGUCAAGGAUACCACCCACCAGAUCGCUGCCUACAACCCUGUCACGCAGGCACUGCAUCUGUUACCCCGGCCGCCCGAGGAGAUCCUGUUCUCCGACUCUCUUGAGGCCCACAUUGUCUUCUCCGAAGAGGACCAGCGGGUGUUCCGUAUGGUCUGUGUCCAGCACCAGAGCACGCGCCGGCGGGCGCCGGCUUGCGUAGCCGUCUUCUCAACGGCGACAAGGGAGUGGCAGGUUUUCCCAUGGGUGGAGACCUCGCCGCCGCCGCCGCCACACGACUUUAUCAAGUUUUACCCUGGCACGCAGCUGAAUGGAUUCGUUUAUUGGAAACACACGAGUCGACCCUAUGUACUUGUUCUCAACACUGCGACAGUGCAAUUCUCCAGAGUGGAUUUGCCGCCAUUCUUGGGACAGAUUAGCUCUACGCGAUUCAGACUUGGUCAGACCAAGGAUGGGAUGCUAUGUAUGGUUGCCAUAGAUCUCUCUGAUGCAGAGAGAGGAACGCUUCAUGUUUGGUUUCGGAGAGCUGAUGAUGAUGGUGUUGAGAAAUGGGUUCUGGGAGAUACUUUUCUGCUCACUACAUUUAUUGAUGCCACUAAGGAUGAUCCCACAGUGCACAUUGAGGCGGUUAUCGAUGGCUUUGUUUAUUUGUCAACUAAGUAUGAUGAGCAUACUGAAUCUCUGCUAUCCCUCUGCCUGGAAACGGCAAAGCUAAACAAGCUCUUUGGUGAUAGUACAUAUGUAAGCCCCGCACAUCCCUACAUCAUGGCGUGGCCUCCUUCUUUGGUGUGCAACAAGGAGGAUUCACAAACCAUGGUUAGUGGAGAGAGUGUUGCGGAUGCUGCUCCUGUGGGCACAAGAGAAACUUCCUCUGUUCAUGUCUCAGCGUCGGAAUCCUACAAAUUUGAUUAAUGACAAUGAAGCAAAAGUCACAUAGUGUGUUUUACUUCGCAUUCAGGAUGAUAAGAGUUCUUGCGAGCAAAAUGACUACUACUUAUGAUGCAUAGCUGGCAACCCAACCUCUUUGUCAUGCGCUUUUGUUUGAGUGCGUCGGUACUUCAGUUUUUGGAUGGUGUGAAAUGGGCAUGUGCUCGUGACAUGCUUUUUUUCUUUCUCUUUUGUGAAAUGGGACACGCUGUUUUUCCCCACUAUAAUUCUCAAUUACCUUUUGCCUGGUUUUUACAUGAAACAGGUCAUGAUGUGCAGUUAGCCUUCUGAAUCACUUGUCCUAUCAACCGAUUAUUGCGUUGGUUUCUGCAUUCCAUAUGGUUGGGCAUGACAUGUAGGGCCCGCUGUGAGUUCAUUCUUCUCUACAACAUACUUACAUUCAUAUUUGUUCAUGGGCAAGUCAUACUUGUCAGUAACAUUCAUAUUUGUUCAUGGGCAAGUCAUACUUGUCAGUAACAUUCAUAUUUGUUCAUGGGCUGCUUCGCUUUGAGGCCAGGUAA